AAAAAUAACAUCAAAAAACUGUAAAGCCAAUUGGUUAAUUUUAGCAUUCGAAAGAAACUGACAUGAAGCACCAAGGGAUCUGCACGAUCAUAAUCCCUAUUAUGAUAUCUUUUUUGGAAACUGAAAGAUCGAGUGUUGCUGCAUGCAAAAUAUCUGAAGUAGAUGCUUUCAUACAUCAUCAAUUAUUUAAGGACCUUAUGCAGGAAGGAAGCGUCCAACUUGUUUAUAUUAAUAUAAGUUCAUCUUCAUUCCAAAAUAUGUCUCUAAGUGAAAAAGAAUGGAACAGAGUUGUUGACUGGAUAUGGGUGACAAAUGAAUACAAACACUUUUUAUCAUAUCCGAUAGAUAUUGACAUAUUCACGUUAGGACUAAUGGAAGAUAAUGACCGAUCUUUAAAAUUAAACAUUAGUAUAGAUGAUAUAUCAAAUUGUAUUAAUCAGACAUUGUGGAUUCAAGUUUUUGAAUAUUUGUUCAAAACAUGCAAUGUUUCUGAAGGGUAUUUUUGCCAUAGAUAUUUUGAAAAUCAAGAUUGGAAAUUAACUCUAUUUUCUUUAUCUCAUGCUGCUAUUGGUUAUAGAUUUCAUUGCUACCAAAACAAUAAUACAGCUGUACCUAUAAUUGUUGAAAAGUCUGCUGUUAUUUACAUUACUAUUGCAAUUAUUUUGCUUCUUUUUUCUUUCUAUCCUUUGAUUGUGUCGAAAUCCUCACACGAGACUACAGUACAAAGACAACUAAGUGUAUACACUGAAGCCGAUUAUCCAUAUACACCUCGUCGUAUGUUACUUAAUAUCAUGUUCAAAACUGGUGAAGUAGUACAUGCAGAAAACAUCUCACGAGGGCAAAAACGUGCGAAUAAUUUUUAUAGUAGUGCUCGCUUAUCUCUGUUGAUUACUAUAGUGAUGGGUUGUGCAUUUUUCGCCAAAAUCAUUGUAAUCUGGAACUGCAGCAAUUGUCUUCCACCAAAUGCUCAUAUUUACAAGGAAGUAUACGUUACGGAUGGAGUUGUUGAUGGCAACAAAUUUUUAUUUAUAUAUCCCAUUUUAAUUUCUACAUUUUUCAGCUUCAUAUUCUUAGUUUACUUUAACAACUAUAUAUUAUUAAUUUCAGAAUUUGAUGAUGAAAUUCUUGUUAUAGACUUUUUGUCGAUUAAAUUCAUCCGUUGUAUACCUGUAUCAAAUUAUCUCAAUCACAACGAAGAAUCUGAAUCGAUAACGACGCAAGUUGUGCAAAGGUUUUCGUUGAUGUGUUCUCUUUCUUUUUGGUGUAAAAUUUACCUAUUACCACUCAUAAAUGUAUCGAAGCCUACAUGCCUUUUCUAUUUUAAGGUUCUAUUUUCUCCUUUAAUUUUUUUGUUUAAUGUAGUUUUAGUAAUUGUGUUUUCUUCACUUCCAACAUUUAAUCAUAUGUAUUGUCUUGCUUUAUCGUAUGUUGUUCUCUUCUUCCCAAACCGUUGUAAGGGUUAUAUUAAAAACCAUGUGUAUGCUUUAUCAAUAGCUAUCACUUUGAUUACAUUACUUUUGAGAUUUGGGAGUGUGAUAUAGAUUGGAAUGAGUUUUUUUGUGCAGUUUUUAAUUUAUUUCAUUAUUGUUGGAAUACCACACUUUUACUCAACACAACUUCACAUUUUCCUUUUUCUAACAGCUAUGUUUUCUUAUAUGAGCAAAUUUUUCCUCGAAUUCUUUGAACUUUACCGUUUGUUGCUUAAAAAGAUCAUAGAAUUAAAAGGGACUAAAGAAAUAUCUAUCAGAGAUUUUGAUGCAAUUAUAAGAUAUUGUUGUCCUGUUAAAACUGAAUUGUUUUUUCUGUUUGCAAAGGUAUUACUGACUUCAUCUCUCCUUGUUAUUAUGUAUCUUACGUUAACCGAAGUUAAUUUUCUCGACAGUCAAAAUUCCUUUGAUUUAAACACAUUCUUUAUGUAUGUAUUUAUACUACUUACCCCGGGAAUACUCGAAAUUUUGUUUUUUGAAAAUAAUGCUGAUAAAGUAGAAAGAAUGCAUUAUGACUUGGACGAACAAGUUAGAUUGUUAAUAAAUGUACAGGAAUCCGAGGAGAAUGAACAGAACACUCAAGAUAGAAAUGAAGAGCUAGACGAUGAUAAUUGUUCCUGUGAUAUAAAGUCCUGGUGCAAACAAUUAUGCCUUUGUUUUUGUGGAUGUUUUGAAAGUCCGUAUGAUGGAGAUGGAAAAUGUACAUAUUGCUAUAGCUUAAAAGAGGUAUUAGACAAGGAUAAUCAUACUUCAUACCAAAAAAUCCAUUUUGACCUAUGUAACAGACAAAUGAAUCAUCAGGAUGAAUAUACGCCCAUAUCACGAGUUAUGUAAAAUU